AUGGAACUGGAAGGAGUCGCUACCGCAAACUUGUCGUGGGAGCUUUCAAAGGAAAGUGUGCCCGUUCCCCUCCAAAACAAACUCGUCGAUCACUGUCUGUUAGAGCUUUUGUCCCUCGGUGAUGGGGCUAACCACGCUAUUGUCAGGCUAGUUUUCAAACACCCACAAGUGGAAGCUCCUUCGCGCGCACCUGCUAACACUCAGGGUGUCAGGAUGGAUCUCGCAUUGCAAGGUGUAAUCAAAAAAGACACAGGCUCAGUGGAAGGUCAGCUGGUCGUUAAAACUUUCACUUACAGGGGAGCACACAGAAAUGCCGCUGUUUCUCAUAUGUUACCCGUCAAGGGCCAAAAGGCCGUGAGACACUUUAUUAAUGUCGCUCAGCAGGUUAACUUGACUCCCUGUGACUUCGAUGCGGAGCUCUUCGGAUGUAGAGACUUUAUAUCGCAGUUCAUCUACCACCUAGAUCGCAGCAAUGUUCUCAAGCUUCCAAACGAUAGGGCCGUCAGUGUGUAUGACCUUUUCAAUUGGCAGUACGGUCUCGGUGGUGCAACGAAGGUUCCCAGACCUAUAGAUUACGCUGUUUUUAAUCAAAACCACCAACAUAUCAAUAUCCCUGGAUGUGUUUACCCCGCGGUCGCUGGAACUGGGGCUGCUGGUGCUCCUGGGGCUGCCGGUGCUGCCGGAGGGGCUAGAGCAGCAGGAUAA